AUGCGUACCCCUGCUGAGACAGAGACACUGUCUCAACCUGAGAUGUACAAAUUUGAAUCUCAGGAGACGGAAGCAUCAUCGGGUGUUAAUCAAGUAGUUUUAUCACCUUCUCAUCCGGAAGCACACAUAUUUACUAAUAGCAUGUUAUGUAUUCAAGAAGAAUUAGGUCAGUUGAGUGGAAUUGCAGGAGGUCCUAUUAUCACUGAUCCACGUGAUGCUCAAUUGCCUAAUAACAAUCAUAGCAAUUCAGAAAGCAAUAGUAACUCUAGUGAAAUUGCAACAAAAUGCACUCCAGGUUCUGGAACUUUAGAUGCACAGAGAUCAAGCUGGGUGGAGGGUAUAUUAGGUUGUAUGCGUCCAGUUUGGACUAUGCUUUCAAAAGCAGCUGUAAAUGAAAAAAUUAAAGGACAUCAAACGGAUGAUUGGGAAAUACCAUUUGAAUCAAUUAGUGAGCUUCAGUGGCUUGGAUCUGGAGCUCAAGGAGCAGUAUUUAGUGGUAAAUUGAAUAAAGAAGUUGUAGCUGUAAAAAAGGUGCGAGAGCCGCGUGAAACCGAUAUACGACACUUAAGAAAGUUGAAUCAUCCAAAUAUUGUACAAUUUAAAGGUGUUUGUACACAAGCACCAUGUUACUGUAUUAUAAUGGAAUUUUGUCCAUAUGGACCAUUAUAUGACCUUCUUAGAGCUGGAGAGCCAGUUCCACCUCCUAGAUUAGUAUCAUGGUCAAAACAAAUUGCUGCUGGAAUGGCCUAUCUUCAUGCACAUAAAAUUAUACAUAGAGAUCUUAAAAGUCCAAAUGUAUUAAUAGGACAAGGAGAAGUUGUGAAAAUUAGUGAUUUUGGGACUAGUAGAGAAUGGAAUGAAAUUAGUACAAGAAUGAGCUUUGCUGGUACAGUUGCCUGGAUGGCUCCAGAAAUCAUCCGAAACGAACCUUGUUCUGAAAAAGUAGAUAUAUGGUCCUAUGGUGUGGUAUUAUGGGAACUUUUAAGUGGAGAAAUACCUUAUAAAGACGUGGAUUCUUCUGCAAUUAUCUGGGGGGUGGGCAAUAAUUCUCUUCAUUUACCGAUUCCUGCAAGUUGUCCAGAAGGUUAUAGGUUACUUGUAAAACAAUGUUGGGCUGCAAAACCACGUAACAGACCUUCCUUUAAGCAUAUUGAAAUUCACCUUGGUAUUGCAGCAGUUGAAGUACUAUGUACAAAACCGGAUGAUUACUUUAAGACGCAGCAAUCUUGGAAAAAAGAAAUUAGGGAUCACAUGAAACAAAUGCAAACAAAUAGUUGUAGCAGUCCAAGAUUUGAAGCUGAUCUCAUUCGACGACGUGAGGAUGAAUUAAGACAUGCUCAAGAUAUUCGAGAACAUUAUGAACGUAAACUUGAACGUACCAAUAAUUUGUACUUAGAAUUAAGCGCUGUUUUAUUACAGUUGGAACAGCGUGAACGAGAUGUUAUUAAACGAGAACAACAAAAUGGGUAUAAGCAAUGUAAGAAACGUCUUGUGCACCCCCUUUUAAAAGCUCAAGAAAGACUUCAUCGUAGACGUAAUCCUCAAUUUUCAACAUCAUCUACUCCAACAACACCACCAUCUCCAACAAAUUGUCCACAAAGUCCUGUAAAAGCAACUAUGUAUACCCAACUAAAUGAAUCUAACCAACCGGAAACAGUUUUAGCCCCUAAUAAUAGCUUUAAACAACGCAAAUAUAGGCACCGUAGAGUAGGAUCUGGCUGUGGUGUAAACUCUAGCCCACGUUCGAGCCCUCAUCGUGAGAGGAAGAGCACAGAAGUAUGUGCACGAUUUGUUGAUAAUCAAACACAAACAGAUAUAAUGGAUAUCAACGAAACUGAUUUUAAUCCCGUUGGACAUACAACAAUUUCAUCAACAGAAAAGCUUUCUGUAAAUAGCCUUAAUAAACACUCAUUAAAUAAACAAACAUCGGAAUGUUUAAAUGGAAACUCAAUUUUAUCUGAAGCUCAUUAUAGAAUGCAAUCUAGUCCUUGCUCCAGUCCUGAACCUUCAAAUGAAAAUCGUGCAAAUGGAAAUGAACGUCUAAAGGAUUGUAGUGAUGAUGAUAAUUUAGAGACACUUGGCCGAAAAGUUAGUGAAAUUAUUAAUGCCAAUCGUCUUAUUUCUCCCAUAGAUAAUGGAAAUUGUGACGACGUGAUGCAACACAGAGGUAAAGAAGAAUCUGUAAAAUUGUCUGGUCAUUUCUGUGGAAUUACUGCGAACGGUACUAAUACACCACAAGAACAAUCGGAAAUUAAAACCCGACCAUGCUCUGAAAGUAUGGAUACUCUAUGCGAUCAUGAAGAUGAUGCAUGUGAAGAAAGCUGGUCAGAUGAAGAAGGCGAAGAUCCAAGUUAUACAUAUAAUUAUUCUCUUAGAAGAAGAAGUAUUGCAAGGAGACCAAUUGGUCCUGGAUGUAGAUUAAGAAGAUUUAAACAUGCAACAGUACGAAUAGAAGGGGUAUUAGCUUCAGAUGAGGAAAAUACUUCUGAAUAUUCACAUCCUCCGUCCAGUCAAUCCUCUACAUUAGAAAGUAAUCCCGAUGUGCAAAGAGUAUUUCGUAGUAUUCAUUAUUCUCAUAAGAGGAAAGAAAUAGAUGAUGUUUCUGAUACAUCAAGUCAAUCAGAAACAGAUGAAGUCAGUGAGAUUACAAUUGCAUCUCAACCAGUAGGUGCAAAUUUAAAAAUAGAAAGUAGCGUAUAG